AUGCAGGCGAACAGUCGAGGCAAGCGGGCCAAGAGUUCUUCUCUGCUGUUUGGUUCUCAGAAUCUCAUCCUGAAGGUUGCUCUGCUGUUUGGGUCAGAAGUGAGAGUCAGAGCGCAUGAUGUGUUCUGCCUCCAAGCCGGCUCACACGGUUCAAAGUUCAGAAGUGUUGUUACAUCGGGGUUGGAGGAGGGAGCGGGAGCCCUCCGCUGCGGUGUGUUGCAGUGGCAGAGAGACUCUGAGGUCUCUUCGAUGCUCCACGAUGACAUAGCCACCAUGCAGCUUUGUGCCAACAAGCUGGAUAAAAAGGAUUUCUUUGGCAAGUCUGACCCUUUCCUCGUCUUCUACCGGAGCAACGAGGAUGGGACGUUCACAAUCUGCCAUAAGACUGAGGUGAUCAAGAACAAUCUGAAUCCUGUUUGGCAGCCUUUCACCAUCCCUGUUAGAGCACUCUGUAAUGGAGACUAUGACAGGACGGUCAAGGUGGACGUUUACGACUGGGACAGAGAUGGGAGUCAUGACUUUAUCGGAGAGUUCACCACCAGCUACAGAGAACUGUCCAGAGGCCAAAGCCAGUUCAAUGUCUAUGAGGUUCUAAAUCCUAAAAAGAAAGGCAAGAAGAAGAAAUACGUCAAUUCAGGAACGGUAACCCUGCUGUCUUUCAAAGUGGAGUCAGAAUACACGUUUGUCGACUUCAUCAGAGGAGGGACACAACUCAAUUUCACGGUGGCCAUAGACUUCACAGCAUCCAACGGUAACCCAUCACAGCCCACCUCACUGCACUACAUGAGUCCGUACCAGAUGAAUGCAUACGCCAUGGCUCUGAAGGCUGUGGGGGAGAUCAUCCAGGACUAUGACAGUGACAAACUCUUCCCCGCAUACGGCUUUGGUGCUAAACUUCCCCCGGAUGGCAAGAUCUCCCACGCCUUCCCACUGAACUCAAACACAGAAAACCCGAACUGUGUGGGUAUUGAUGGUGUACUGGAGGCUUACUUCCAGAGCCUGCGAACUGUUCAGCUAUAUGGCCCAACCAACUUUGCUCCUGUCAUCAACCAGGUGGCUCGGUGUGCUGCAGAAGUGACUGAUGGCUCCCAGUACUUUGUCCUGCUGAUGAUCACAGACGGUGUCAUCUCAGACAUGGCUCAGACCAAAGAGUCUGUGGUCAAUGUGACUAUGGAGGAGCUGGAUGGGGAUGAGGUCAGAGUGUCAUCCAGGGGACGCUUUGCUGAGAGAGACAUUGUCCAGUUCGUACCUUUCCGGGACUACAUUGACCGUUCAGGGAACCAGGUCCUGAGCAUGGCCCGACUGGCUAAGGAUGUCCUGGCGGAGAUCCCGGACCAGCUGCUGUCCUUCAUGAAAAGUCGAGGGAUUGAACCCCGGCCCCCUCUGCCAGCCACCUCCGACUCCCCCUCAAUGUCCACCACCACCACGACCACCACUGCUGCCCCCAAGGAACGCAACAUGCACACCUGAAAUGAGGGCAGCAAGCAGUAUGUGUGUGUUUGUGUCUCUGUGUGUACGUGUGUUGCAUGGUUUCAGGGUUGGUUGACAGGAACCAAGUCAGGAUUUUGAAGUAAAUUGAAAGGGACCAGGAGAUUUACCAGGAGAGAAUACAUUCCUUUAAAAGUGUUGGUGGUGAGGACUCCCCCCCUCAACAAGAUCUAUAUUUUAACAUUUCUGGCACACGCCCUCUGCAGGUGCAACACACCACUCUGCACUCACCCACAAACUGCAUUUAAAUCAAAGGCUUCAAAUGUAGUUUAACACACCUCAGUCAUCAAUUCUAACAUUUCAAAUAAGUGACAAAAGCCUCUACGGACCUUUUUGCCAGUCCAGGGCUCCGCCCACCACACCUGUGGCACUGUUCCUGCUCUCAGUGAUAAGGUCUGCUGUAAUAGAGUAAUAAAUCCUGUAGCCGGGAAAUUGAUUUCUAUUAGUUGUAAAGAGAGACAGCACUGAGGCUGAUGUCCUUUCCUUGUUUGUUGGUUCUCAGGGCAUUUGAGAGGCUAGACAGCAACACAGGGGAUCUGAAAAUAGAGAAAGCAGAAAUUAAAUCCUGUCCUGGCUGUGGCAUCUGAGAGCCAGUGUUUGUUUUAUUGCUUCAUGAAAAUUAAUGCUGUAUAUUACUGUGUGCUGAACAUGAAAUUCGAAUGUGUUUUAUGUAAAAGGCCAGCGAACAUUAAGUCAAAGAUGGAGCAUCGACUUGUCCAAACUAAUCCCAUUCGGACUCAAAGGACCUCUUGCAAGGACCUCCUGAAAGCACGAAAUAUAUAAGCCAUGAA